CUACACAACAUUCCCGACCCCUUCGCCCACCACCAUGGGCUGCUCGCCCUGCCUAGUUACAUCUGGGGCUACUACCGCACACGACGCACCAGUCCUUCUCCAAGUCAGCCCGCGCCGCAUCAAAGUACUGCCAGAACUACCUGAGCCCCGGCGCCGCUGCUGCUGCCAUGGGCGUUCAAGCAGCACGCCGAGAGGCGCAACCCUCCCUUGUAGGAGACCCGGUUGGCCGUCGCGCUGUUAUUGCUGCGGCGCCGACUCCGGCGUGCCUGAGCAGGCAGGCUCCAGCAAGUCGCAUCACAUUGGCAUGCAGCUGUAUGGGUCUAGUCGCUGCCGGUGCCAACGUGCCACCCACGACUGUUCGUGUCAGUCCAUUCAUGACCACGACUGUCACAGCCGUUCCUACCAGGUCUACAUCCAUGCAGAUCCGCGCCAAGAACGGCUUACUCUUUCUGGGUUGGAUGAAUACCGUGGUUUGGGCUCCCUAGCCUCUCCUCUUGGGUUUCAAGGCCAACGGUGCGCCCGAGAAGUAUUUAAUUAGCGACGGACUCGGCUGAGGAUCCCCUCGGUGUGAACCAUCACAGCCCCAUCGGGGAGGUAGCUGGGUUCGUGGCGGGCAAGGAUUCUUGCAGCCCGGCAUUCCAGAAUCGACACCGAGUCCAAUGAGAUCAAGUGCACACUGGGAGGGACUGCUGUCGUGUUCAAAAGCAUCGCAGACCCCAAUACCAACUGAC